AUGCCGGCUCGUCGACACAACCAUACGCCGUCCGACCCAGUCGCGGAGCGCAAAGUUCGACAGGUCAUUGAGGAAGCAGCAUCGCGUAACACACAGCUCCUGGGCGAGCUCGAGGCCACGGCCCACGCGCCGGGGCUGUUCAACAACAACCAGGUCAAGAUUGAGCAUGUCGACAAGCGGCUUGCGGAUCUCGAGCCCGAGGUGCAGGCGGCCAUUGCGACGGCAAACCAGCAGCUCAAGCAGCACAAGAGCUAUCGGGAUUCGAUAGGCAAGAAACUCGUCUAUACCGUGCUGAAGAAGAAGGGCGUCUUCGAUGAAAAGGCGAUGCGGGAAGAAAAGGCGUAUCACGAGGUGCUUGAGAAGCGGCACAGAGUCGAGGCCAAGCUGAACGAACUAAAGGCUGAUAAGGCCUCGCUGGUUAUCGAGAUGAAGGAGCUGCAAGCAUUGCUGGGACGACACGGCGCCGCGCACAAGGAGAUUGAUGCCCUCUACUCAAGAAUAUUCGACGGACCAACGGCGGGCUUUGCGGACGAAGACGAGCAGGAGGAGGCACACAAAGUGGCCAAGCUGGCGCUUCAGGAGAGAACCGAGGCACUCAAGGCGGCCGUCCGAGGCGUAAAGGCCGCUCAGGCAGUCAAAGUAGCCAUCGAGCGAAGCUUGUUCGAGAAGCAACGUGCAAGCUUCGACAACCAUUCAGACAUCUUUUCGCAGCGAGGCGUUCAGACGAUCCUCAAACGCUGCGUCGCAUACAUCAACCGCGGUCUAGAACUCAGCGACGAAGCUGUUGAGGCCAUUCAGGCAACUCCUGGACCCGAAUUGACGCAAGCCAAGAAGACUCUCGACGGACUCUUCAUAGCUGCUAGAGUAGUCGCACAGGAGCGCUACCACAGCAAAUCGGCAAACAGCGAGCUUAUAGAGCGGCUCGGAGCCACGCUUACAAAGGCACUCGAUGCGCAGAAGAAGUACGUCGAAGCCAUGAAAAAGGUCAGCGAGUCCCGGAGAGGGUCAAUCCGAAGGACUGCAAGGGCACUGGAAGACGAGCGACAAGCCCUGCAACAAAUCCGCCAGAGCGCCUUUGAGACGACCGUCGGCUUUGGUGCCGCAGCUCCUGCGUAUAACGAGUGCUGCGAUCGAGCUCCGCGCUUCGAGCACGACUCUCACCAGCAGUCGGCAUCUAUUGCGGAGCCGGUCGUCAUUGAGCUCCCGGAAGAUGCAGAGCCGCCUCCUGACUACAUGUACUACGAAGAUGGAAUAGCGAGGCCGAAGCAGAUGGAGGCGGAACCGGGAUCGAACCCUCAGAAUCGCGCCUCUCAGCUUGAUAGCGUGGUACUUCAGACCAAUCAUCAAGGUCUGCCAGAGGUUACCUGA